CGGGAGGCAGUAUAUUCCACCCAGUUUCAGUUUCUCAAUGCAAAGAAAUCGGCAAAAACAAAUCAGACGAUCGCGGUUCCUGAAGGCGCUCGUCGUGGGUUCGGCUAAGCAAGGGGACGUUUGAACAGCCACAGAAGCAUUAAAAGACCAUGUGGUUUUAUGUGGCAGCCUUGUUGGGGUUCUAUAUCCUGUUCCGUUGGUACCGUGAAAAACAGAUUUUGCCAAACCUGACAGACAAAUAUGUCUUCAUCACUGGGUGUGACUCUGGAUUCGGCAAUCUCCUGGCUCGGCAGUUGGAUGCGAAAGGCCUUCGUGUCUUGGCAGGUUGUCUAACCCAGCAGGGUGCAGAGAAGCUGAAAGAAGCCACAUCAGAACGGUUGCAGACCAACCUCAUAGAUGUCAACAGCACAGAAAGUUUGGACAAAGCAAUGGAAUGGGUGAAAAGCCAAGUAGGAGACAAAGGACUUUGGGGGUUGGUAAACAAUGCUGGUGUUUCUGUCCCGACUGCCCCAAAUGAGUGGCUAACCAAGGAGGAUUUUAAGAAAGUCAUAGAUAUCAAUCUACUUGGGGUGAUUGACGUGACCAUACACAUGCUGCCAUUGUUGCGAAAAGCCAAGGGACGUAUUAUCAAUAUUGCCAGCAUAAUGGGCCGAUUAAGUCUUUUUGGCGGAGGCUACUGUCCUUCAAAAUAUGGAGUGGAAUCUUUCUCUGAUAGUCUCAGGCUUGAACUCUCCCCCUUUGGAGUGAAAGUCUGCAUAAUAGAGCCAGGUUACUUCCAAACUGCAAUCACCAAUGAUAAAAACUUGCUCGAAAACUUCAGAAACAUCUGGGAGCGUCUUCCAGAAGAAACCAAGGAAGCGUAUGGAGAGAGUUAUUAUAAGUCACUGAUUGUAGGAACCACUAAGAUGCAAGCACACUGCAAUUCUAAACUUCAUUUAGUUACCAACUGCAUGGAACACGCAUUGACAGCUGUGCAUCCUCGCUUCCGCUACUCAGCUGGUUGGGAUGCCAAACUCUUUUACCUCCCUAUAAGCUACAUGCCAACAAGGCUAACAGAUACACUGUUUUUGUGGUCUUACCCUCGACCAAAAGAGAGCACUUAGGGUGGAGAGAUGUUGGUUUUCAAGAGGAAAGUUUGACACUGGUGGAUUGCGCUUGGAAACCUAGUCUAUUUAGAAUCUUGCAUUCUUGGGUGGCUUUUAAUAGGCUCUCCUUUUAUUAUAUGAUGCUUGUUUCUAGAAUACUGUAUAUCCUAAAUUAUCUUUCAUUACAUCAGACCAGUUUCCUCAUUACAUAGUUAUUGUGGAUAAAGGUAUUCCCACCAUCCACCUGUUCUAUUUUUUACAGGAGUGAUGUCCAUCUAGAUUUUGACUCUAAAGCAGUGGUUUCCAACCUUUUCUUGGCCAUACCCCACCUAAGCAUUUCUAAAACCCUGGUACCCCCCCCCCCCUGUGACAUAUAAGUCUUACUUUACUCAAAAAGUGAACUCUACUCACAUGGAGGAA